AUGCAGACGCCGAACACUUACAGUCUGACGGACGCCGAACACUUACAACUGACGCAGACGCCGAACACUUACAGUCUGACGCAGACGCCGAACACUUACAGACUGACGGACGCCGAACACUUACAGUCUGACGCAGACGCCGAACACUUACAGACUGACGCAGACGCCGAACACUUACAGUCUGACGCAGACGCCGAACACUUACAGACUGACGCAGACGCCGAACACUUACAGUCUGACGCAGACGCCGAACACUCACAGUCUGACGCAGACGCCGAACACUCACAGUCUGACGCAGACGCCGAACACUCACAGUCUGACGCAGACGCCGAACACUCACAGUCUGACGCAGACGCCGAACACUCACAGUCUGACGCAGACGCCGAACACUCACAGUCUGACGCAGACGCCGAACACUUACAACUGACGCAGACGCCGAACACUUACAGUCUGACGCAGACGCCGAACACUUACAGUCUGACGCAGACGCCGAACACUUACAGACUGACGCAGACGCCGAACACUUACAGUCUGACGCAGACGCCGAACACUUACAGUCUGACGCAGACGCCGAACACUUACAGACUGACGCAGACGCCGAACACUUACAGUCUGACGCAGACGCCGAACACUCACAGUCUGACGCAGACGCCGAACACUCACAGUCUGACGCAGACGCCGAACACUCACAGUCUGACGCAGACGCCGAACACUCACAGUCUGACGCAGACGCCGAACACUCACAGUCUGACGCAGACGCCGAACACUCACAGUCUGACGCAGACGCCGAACACUUACAGUCUGACGGACGCCGAACACUUACAGACUGACGCAGACGCCGAACACUUACAGUCUGACGCAGACGCCGAACACUUACAGUCUGACGCAGACGCCGAACACUUACAGACUGACGCAGACGCCGAACACUUACAGUCUGACGCAGACGCCGAACACUUACAGUCUGACGCAGACGCCGAACACUUACAGACUGACGCAGACGCCGAACACUUACAGUCUGACGCAGACGCCGAACACUCACAGUCUGACGCAGACGCCGAACACUCACAGUCUGACGCAGACGCCGAACACUCACAGUCUGACGCAGACGCCGAACACUCACAGUCUGACGCAGACGCCGAACACUCACAGUCUGACGCAGACGCCGAACACUCACAGUCUGACGCAGACGCCGAACACUUACAGUCUGACGCAGACGCCGAACACUUACAGUCUGACGGACGCCGAACACUUACAGACUGA